UUGUUUGCGUGAGUUCAAGAAUAAUGCUCUUUAAAUACCAGUAUGUGUGGUCUAAUAAUUGUUGGUUAAGGCGUAUCAACAUGGAAAGACACUCAUUUGUGAUUUUUAUGAUGAAUAUUCAUUGACACGAAGAGAAAUCUUGAAACUUGAAAGAUUUUUUGAGCAGGUGAAGUGGAAAGUGCAAAAGGCACGUUAUUGUGUGCUUCCGUUCAUUAUUAUUCAAACAGGGGAAAUGAUUAUUACCUUGACAUAGCGACGAAACAAGGCAUUUGCUAUGGCAAUGUGGACAAGCAAUUCUAGUGACCCUAAAUGCAGUGCCGAUCUUAUUGGUCCUGAGUACAUCGUGUUUGUCGUUUGUAAUUCCAUAUCAGGAACUGUUGCCAUCAUAGGAAAUGGUAUUAUCUUGUUAGUAGUUUACAGAUCUCGAAGACUUCACACUGCAUCAAACAUGUUACUUUGCUCACUGGCCGCAGCAGACUUGUCCGUCGGAUUAAUUGUAAAUCCAAUGUACAUUGCAUUAACAACGACUAAGACCUGGGUUACACCAACACCUUUGUACAAGUUUGAAAACUAUAUUUGGAUUCAAACACUAAUAACAACAUCGUUUAGUUUGACUGCCAUUAGCGUGGAUCGUUACUUCGCAGUCACCUGCCCUUUUCGUUACCAAAAGCUUGUCAAAAAGAAGCCAACACGAUGGGUCAUUGUUUUCAUCUGGACUUUUUCUGCUAUUUUUCCUUCUGUUAUUUGUAUACAAGCAUCUGAUUCUAUUCUGUGGGUUUCUUCCUUGGUAAUAACCUUUCUGUUACCAGCUUUUAUCAUGUCCUACUGUAAUUUCCGCGUAUUCAGAACUGCGCAAAGUCAAAUUAAUAAAAUUCGCUUCUCAUCCAAAUACUGUACUGUAGAAAUCAAAGGAAAGUUCAACAACCACAAGGCGUCAUGUACCAUUGGGAUUAUAAUUGGAUUUUUUAUUAUUCUAUUUUCUCCAAAUUUUGUUUUCUCUGUUAUUGAGUUUUCUUCAAAUGACGUCUGUUUUAAGUUGCAUACUUACAGGUCUUGGUUGUGGGGUAUUUUCAUUGCGUUCAGUUCUUCUGCAGUCAAUCCCUUUGUUUACGCCAUACGAAUUAAGACGCUAAGGAAAGCGUGCUUAACAGCUGUCACAAGAUUCAUUUGCAAAGACUCCUUGUAAUGCGGUUUUACAUAACCUAUCGGUAUGAUUGACAGCUGACAAUCAUAUUUGACAUUUGAUUAAAUGAUUCAAGAGUACUGAUUAUUCUCAUUGUGUUCAGUGACAAUUGUGACAGACAGCUGUCAAUCAGUACAUCGGCCAGGACAAACUGAUUGACAAGCUGAUUGACAUUGAUUGUUCAUCUUAUGAUUUGUUGGUUUUGGCUGGUUAAGCUAUCUAGAAUUCUGUUAAUAGAAUUAUUCUUGACUUAAGUAAUCAUGCUCUCAAUAUUGCUCUCUACAAAAUCUAUUCAAUUAUUAAAUAAAAAACUCUAGACAGAGUGACUAUGAGAUAUAGUCAGUGUACAUAGAGUAUGGGCCGAUAAACGAAAUUAUCAACCAAUCACGAUACAACAUCUCAUCAAUCAGACUUCGGCUCAAGUGAUCUACAGGAAAAAAUCAAGACUGAUUCCUUUAACGACGUUAAAUUUCAAAAGCAAAGAUAAAAAUACGCUAAAUAGUAAAAAAACACAUCUAUAACAGAAGAGAAAACCUCUGGAACCAGGGUCAAUAAGUCGUAGGUUUUGCUCCUCGAUUUUCCUGUUUUUCACUCGGAACCGUGAGUGACUUUUAUGGAAUCACUUUAGCAAAAAUUAAUAAGUUCUCUUUGAAGAUUUACACAAAGUGGGAAAAAACUACUAUGAAAGAAAAAUCAUGUGAAAAGAUCGACUGACUUCAAGCAGACCACCGGCUCAAAUACUCAUUAUCGAGGUAACGGUUUUCAUAUAGACCUCUAGAACUAUACACACUUUUAUUAUAUCAAACAAGAUCAAUUAUAUUAUACUCAAGUUUUCGUUGGACUUCGCAAUCAUCAUGUCUUUAAUUUCUUCAUGUUGUCGGCAUUCGUCACUGUGGCUUCAGAGCACUAUUCAAACCUCCUGUGAAAAUGAAAAUAAAAAGUUAUUUAUUUCAAUAAAUAGUGAAAUAUAACUACGUUUAUGAA